AUGACUACCUUUUGCAUGAUGAAACUUUUAUGUCAAGCAACCAGAAAUGAGAAUAGAUGUGCUAAAAGAUUCAUUGCUACUCUUCUGAUACAAGCUCCUCAAAAAAGGGUCUUUUCUCCAUUCUGGAGGAUGGUACCUGACCCUACAAAGUCAACUGUGCCUGGACUUACUCAACCAUUUUGUACAGCUGAAAAAUCUUACACAGAAUCGAAAACAAAAGCGGCAUUUGGAAGUGCUGGGCGAAGAAUUCCCUAUCGGAUUUUGCACGUAAUCAGCCAGGAUGGGGAGAGCUUAGGACAUAUGCACCGAGCAGAGGCACUCAAACUUAUGGAUAAACUUGAUCUAAAACUCGUUCUUCUUCAUGAGAAUGCAGAACCUCCAGUGUACAGACUAAUGACUGGGCAGCAGAUUCAUGAAGAACAGCUUAGACGCGCAGAGAAGAACAAAGCAAGUCCAAAACCAGGAAUCGUUCAGAAGGAGCUAUCCUUUUCUUCAGCUAUUGCCAAGAACGACUUAGAGACCAAGACUAAACAGAUAGCACAGUGGAUUGAAAAGAAAUACUAUGUUAAAAUUACCAUCCGGCAAGCAAAAGAUAGCAAUACAGACAUGUUCACGCUUUUUGAUAAGAUUUUGGAGACUGUCUCUGAAAAAGCCACUUACCUUUCCAAGCCAAAAGUUACCAGAGAAGGAGUGAGUAACUGUAUUUUGAGACACAUGUCUGACAAAGAGUUGAAAGCAUACCAGAAGAUUGAAAAACAGAAAAACAAUGCAGUAAAGAAAGAUGAAAAUGAAGAUCUGAAGUGAGUUGCAUUAAUGACUUUAUGAAGAGGUAUAAACAAUGUUAAUUUCUUAUACAAAAAAAAAA